AAGGCCUUGUGAAGCAGUUCGAACCCUCGACCGGCGCUUUCGAAGGUUUGGACGUUUUUGAAAAUAACAUCAAGCCUGCUUAUAGACAUGUUUUGAUGAAGGUUCGACCAAUCUGUCAGACGACCUGCCAACGUUUUAACAGUGAGAGAUUGGUUGAAGAUGUGGAGGAUGAAGGAGUGAACAAUAGAGAGAGCGCGGUUCCUCCACAAAACACCAAAGCAAACGAAGAUCCGGCAGAGCACGAAGAUUGCGUGCAAGAUAAUCCUGGCCAUUGCAGCACCUGUGAAUAUCGGGAUAGAAAUACAUUGAAGAAAGUCGGGUCGUUCUUUAAAAGCAUAUGGAAACCCGUUAAGAGAUCCGUGCAGAAGGUGUAUAAAAUGGCAAAAAGUGGAGAAUGCGAGUACGUUCAGUUCGAGUAAGGAUCUCUUUGUUUCCAUCUAUCCAUCGACAAUAAGAUCUGCUCUAUGAUUUGCUAUAAAUUAUUUUCUGGAUUUAGGCCGAGUUGGCUUUGGGUAAGUGUCUAUGGCAACUUUAUUGUAUUCUACACUUGGGAGAUUUUACGGUCUCGGUUUAUAAAUUAACACAAUUUCUGACCACGAUUUCAUAAUAACACGCAAUUAAUGGCCGGACAAUAGAAAAACUAGAAAUACGGUAUUAACGUGGCAAUAUAUUAUAUUUUGAUGCGAUUGAGAUCGUACUACAGAAAGCCCACGUUUUUAGGGUAUCGAGCAUGCAUAGCCUGUAUAUUCUUGCCCAAGUAGGUUACUCACAAUGAUACAUUUUGGGAUGCAGUGAAAGCAAUAGUAUAAAUGAAUGUAGAAACGAAAUUAUCCAGUAAUAUUACGUGAUUACUAGGACAGGAACAUCCUAAAUAUAA